CGGACGCUCGGCCAAACCGACAGACAGACAAACGAACCGACAGCUGAGUAGCAGAAGAUGAUCUCGUUCCUAAUGCUGCUGGCCCUCACGUUGGCCCAGCCAGUGGCCCCAGCUCACUGGUGCUAUCAAUCCCAAAGCCAGACAACAGCAUGUACGGGUCCAGACAACUGGCCUGGGUAUUGCCAAGGCAAGCAGCAAUCCCCAAUUGACAUCAACACUGACAAAACCAUGCUAAACGUUUCACUAGUCCCUUUCCAGUUCACUGACUAUGACAAGAGGGAGUCACGGAUCAUUGAAAACAAUGGGCACUCAGUGGAAGUGAAGCUUGAGAACUCAAUCAAGAUCUCUGGAGGGGGCUUGCAGGAAACUUACAAGGCAGUUGCAUUUCAUCUGCACUGGUCAGACGCUUUGGACGAGGGCUCUGAACACACUAUCGAUGGGCAGUCCGGUGCCAUGGAGCUGCACAUUGUCCACAUCAAGGACAAGUAUAAAAAUGUGUCAGAAGCACUUGCUGGGAAUGGCAAUGAUGAAAUCGCUGUGCUGGGAUUCCUAAUAAAGGCUUCACAUGGAAAUAAUACCGGCUUCACCAAUCUGGUGGAGAGCCUGAGUAAAGUCCAAUACCAGAGCAAUAAUACCCACCUAAAAGAAUUCAGCCUUUUUGACCUCAUACCACGAAUUGAUAAGUUGAAAAACUACUACCGAUACUGGGGCUCCCUCACUACUCCUAAUUGCGAUGAGAAGGUCAUCUGGACUGUGUUUCAUGAGCCUAUCCUACUCCAUAUGAAUCAGAUCUUGGAAUUCUCCAAAAAGCUGUACUAUAAUCUGGAGAGUGACAAAAAGAUAUCCAUGGCAGACAACUUCAGGAACACACAGCAACUAGGGGGUCGCCAGGUCUUUACGUCUGGAGUGGGCAUACCAUUGCCCCAUGCCUGGCCCACGCUUCUGGCCCCUCUGCUGACCUACCUCCUGGCUGUCUUCCUCUACUGAGAGGCCUGGACUUGGGACCUUCUCAUGCUUGGACAUUUGACCUGCUGGACU